CCUUGUCAGCACACUGCAUAUGUUGGGGGAAGGCACUGGGGUUGACUGGGAAUUACCUUCUAGACUGGGGAGUAGCGAGUUCUCCGGGACCAAGCAUAAGAUGGCUACAAAUGUUAGUCUGGACCCGAAUAACCCUGAUGACAAGUUCAGUCGCUAUGACAUUCUGUCCUGGAUCAACGAAACCCUGCACACUAACUUUACUCAAGUGGAGCAAUGUCGGUCAGGUGCAUGUUUUUGCCAGCUUAUAGACUUGCUCUUCCCAGGGUCCAUUGACAUGAGCAAAGUAAAGUUUGAGUCCCAAAAGAGUUCGGAUUUCAUGCAGAACUACAGUCUUCUGCAGGCAGCUUUCCAGAAAUUAGGCAUAACAGAGUCAGUCCCUGUGAAUGAGCUUCUUACAGGAAAGUUUAGACCCAAUUUCACCUUUAUGAAGUGGUUAAAGAAAUUUUUCCAUGCCAAUGAGAGGCAAGGGAGGGAGUACAACCCAGUUGAAGCUCGUAAUGGUCAGGAUAUUGUACAUGUAGAUGACGCUGUUAAGUCUCCAAAAUCUUGGAAAAGUCCACAUGAAUCUGGCAGAGUAAGGGACGAGUCUGACAAAGACAAUGAUUUUAAUGGAAGGAGGCGACCUGUGACUUAUGAUCCUAAAUGGCAAAGAACCUUUAAAUGGAUCAAAGCCAGUCAUCUGGGAGACAACUGCGCUUACUGCACUUUGUGUGACCAUAAUGUCAUCCUACACGCAGGUUUUUACGAUCUGAAGCGACACCAGCAGACUCAAAAGCAUAUGAAAUUUGAGCUGGGAGGAUUAAAUUCAUCUGGGAAAAAGCAGAUUGAUGUCUCCAUUUCCUGUAGUGAAACCAUGCUGCUUUUCAUUCAAACCCAUUGCCUAUCCAUUUUACCUUCAAGGAUCAACAAGGCCUCCCAACGUACUGCAAAAUACAUCCUCGGACUAGAGUAUCCAAAGGACAUUGUUUCUGCUUGUAAGCUGAACCCGUUCUGUAUCUACAUAUAUGGGCAGGUGCCACUUGAUGUAGAGAGCGGAGAAAGGACCUCCUGCCAUGUAGUGCUCGUGGGCUUUUUUGAGGAAAAUCAAGCAAGGUACUGUAUCCGUCUCCUUGAUGUCUUUCAGGCUGACGACUCACGACUUUCAGACGGAUGUUUACUCAAUGUCCUCCAAAAGUUUGAACUUCCUGCAAGCAACAUGGUAGCUUUCUAUGUUAAUGAUCAGGAACAGACCUCAGAAAGUGUUGUGUUGCAAAUUCGGAAGCUUAACCCACAGGUGAUUGAUCUUGGUGGACUUUACAGCAUACCUGACUCUGCCUACAAUGCUGGCCUAAAGGCUUACUCCAGUCAGGUUCAUGAACUUAUUGUCAACAUCUACGCACACUUCUCCACUUGUUCCACCAGCAAUGACAACCUCAAGAUGCUGUUUGCAGGCAUUAAUGGACUAAAAGACAACGGCGCACCCCUUUCACACAGUUGUGAGGAGUUUUGUGUGCUCGUUCAAAGGAUGCUUGGAAUGUGGAGUGAUUUGGUAUCUUACUUCACUUCCUGUGAUGAAAAUAAUGAUAAAGCUAAGCAUAUUUGUUCGCAGUUGGAGAACCCUAAAAUUAGGGUCACCUUGAUGUUUCUGGAUCACGCUCUUGGUCCACUCCGUGCCUUCGGGCAGCACCUGCAACAAAGCAAAGGCUCUGUUCGUGCUGACCUUGUCCAGAUCCUUCGAGAAGCAAGUGGGCUCCUACGUUCAUAUGCCUCCAGCUUUCUCCGCCCUCAAGCGGUCAUACGCUACCUGAAGGAACGAGACCCAACCAUCCUGGAGAACUCAACAUUCUGUCUUCCUGCUACUGAGCUCAGUCUGGGUGGUGUGGUAGAAGACUUCAUCUCUGCCAGAGAAGAGGAACUGGCAGAUUCCCUGAAUGCAUUUCAUGACGAGUCUUUAAAGUUUUACAAAACUCUUACGACCUCUAUCGCUGACAGUCUCCCUCUGAGCGAAAGUGUCUUGAGGGGCAUUUCACAGCUCCUCAGCCCAGCGGGAAGGUUAAAGAUCACAGGAAAGAAUGUAGUUGACCUUGCUGUACAAUUUGGCAUCUGCUCCAAACCUGAGGAUUCUGCCAAGCUCACUGAUGAGUUCUUGGAGUAUCAGCUUGUUGAGGAUGAAGAAGACUCAUCUUCAACCCUUUCUCUGGAGCGAUACUGGUGUGGUGUGCUCAAGGCUUUUCCCCCAGCAUCUAUUUUCAAGAGGCUUGUCCUCUGUCUUUUGGUUUUGCCCUGUCCUUCUCUUGAAGCAGAAAAGAUCUUUGCCCAGGCUGUUGAAAAUGGCGAUGCUCUUCAUUGGGAUGAUAGUUCAGGUGAAAGUGACACUGAUAUAGUAAAGGAGCUGGAUUCCAAUGACGACUCAUCCGUAGAGCAAACUGAAGUUAAGAUUUCACCCAUCAGAAAUGGGAUGAAGAAAAAAGCCAGAAGCAGCACGUCAGAAAUGGACUUAAAGAAAGAUGGAGCCGACGAUGGCGUUAACACAUUACAGGAGGGCUCUGUUAGAGGAAUAUUCGGUUGGGAGAGCAGCUUACGGCAGAAACCACUGGCACGUACAGUCUUUCAGGCCGGUGCUGGCACCUGGAGCAAACCAGCGACCCCAGACAAGGACAGCAAGCCAGAGGCGGUGAAGAACAAUGCUCGUUCUUCUGCAUCGAAUUCAACACUGAGCCCCAGACCUGGAAAGAAAGAACAAGCGUACCAGGAUGGGAAGGGUUAUGCCAUUGGAGAGCUAGUGUGGGGAAAAGUGAAGGGCUUCUCUUGGUGGCCUGGACUGGUGGUGGCCUGGAAGGGCAGGACGCCUCCUGUGUCCAUGAGGCGCGUAGAGUGGUUUGGAGAUGGCAUGUUUUCAGAGAUACAUACAGAGGGACUUUUGCCCUUUUCUGCAUUUGCAAAGUGCUUUUGUAGUAAAUCCUAUGAAGGUCUACCUACCUACAAGAAUGCUAUCUACCAAAUCCUGGAGUUGGCGGGUGAGCGCUGUGGGAAAACGUUCCCCCCCCCGGAGAAGAAAGGGGAAGAGGUGAAAGCAAUGCUUGAUUGGGCAUUUGGAGGCUUCCAGCCCAUGGGUCCUGAUGGCUUUUUGCCUCUUGUAGACAGCUCUACCAGUAAUAAAACUGAGUCGGAUUCCUCUGUGUCUGAUUAUCAGCCUCCAGCCAAGAGGAAGUAUGUCUGCAAGAACAGACCAUCCAGACCAUCAACUCAGGUGUACACCAGAGAUCAAAUGGUCGAUGAGGUAACCGUUAAAGGCAGAAAGAUUGAAGAUUUCUGCCUGUCCUGUGGAACUGACAACGUUGAAAUUAUCCAUCCUCUCUUCAAAGGAAGCCUUUGUUUUAAGUGCAAGGAGAACUUUACAGAGACGCUGUACAGGUAUGAUGAGGAUGGCUAUCAGUCAUACUGCACUGUGUGCUGUGCUGGACAAGAGGUCAUUCUCUGUGGAAAUGCCAGCUGCUGCAGAUGUUUCUGUAAAGACUGUCUGAAUGUGUUGGUGGGACCGGGGACAUUCGAAAAGCUGAAGGAGGUUGACCCAUGGAGCUGUUACAUUUGCCUGCCCUCAAAGUGCUAUGGUGUGCUCAAGCUCAGGCCUGACUGGAGUGUUCGUGUCCAGGAGUAUUUCGCCAAUAACAGUGCCUUUGAAUUUGAGCCACACCGAGUGUAUCCUUCUAUUCCAGCUCGUCAGCGUCGUCCAAUCAGAGUCCUCUCCCUGUUUGAUGGGAUUGCAACAGGCUAUCUGGUUUUAAAAGACCUGGGCUUUAAGUUAGACCGCUACAUUGCCUCUGAGAUCUGUGAAGACUCCAUUGCAGUCGGGAUGAUCAAACAUGAGGGCUUGAUUGAAUAUGUGAAGGAUGUCCGGACCAUCACAAGGAAGCAUCUGGCGGAGUGGGGGCCAUUUGACCUCCUGAUCGGUGGAAGUCCGUGUAAUGACCUGUCCAUGGUGAAUCCAGCCAGAAAAGGUCUUUUUGAAGGCACAGGUCGGCUGUUCUUUGAAUAUUACCGCAUGUUAACCAUGAUGAGGCCAAAAGAGGAUGACGAUCGCCCAUUUUUCUGGCUCUUUGAGAAUGUUGUAGCGAUGAGUGCCCACGACAAGGCUGAUAUCUGCCGUUUCUUGGAGUGUAAUCCUGUGAUGAUUGAUGCUGUGAAAGUAAGCCCAGCCCACAGGGCGCGUUACUUCUGGGGAAAUUUACCUGGAAUGAACCGACCACUUGCUACUUCACUGACUGAUAACGUAGAUCUGCAGGACUGCCUGGAGGUCGGACGAACUGCAAUGUUCAACAAAGUUCGCACUAUUACCACCAAGUCCAACUCCAUCAAACAAGGAAAGAUGGGACCUCUACCGGUCACCAUGAAUGGAAAAGAGGACUACCUUUGGUGCACUGAAAUGGAGAGAAUAUUUGGGUUCCCAAAGCAUUACACAGAUGUGAAUAAUAUGGGGCGGGGACAGAGACAGAAAGUCCUUGGGCGGUCCUGGAGUGUUCCCGUGAUCCGACACCUCUUUGCCCCUCUAAAGGAUUACUUUGCUUGCGAGUAAAGCCGUCCUCUGGCACUGGAAGGUCCAAAUCAAAUCUCUCUGAUAAAUGAAUUUGAUUUUUGUUUUUAAGGUUUCUGCAGAUUCUGACCUCACAGAAUAUUUUCAUUUUUAAUGUUGCAUUUAAAAAAAAAUCUGUUCUGUUUUUUAAAAGUGUUUUAUCCUGAACAGUGAUCCUUGGAAUGCACAGACACUUUUGGAUCAUAUUUCGAACAUCAUAAGUACUGUCAUUUUUAACUUGAGUGCUUUUAAAGUGAUUUAAUGCUGAAGAGAGCCACACGAUUCUCCACCCACUACCUCAGUGCCAUUCUGUGAUUGGUUCGUUGUCUGGAGGAAUGCCUAUUUAUAAUUUAAUGAAUAAAUUAAUAUUAGUUCUGUCUAGUUUAUCUAAAUCCAUUUUUAACAUGUCAGCUUUUUAUAUCACAUUUUUACAUCAGAACUUUUCCUCGUUUAGGAAUAAACAUGUCCUGUUGUUAAACAUUUACAUACUUUUUUCAUAAUGAUUGGACAUGUUGUCAUUCCACGGGGCUGUUUUUAUAACGUAGAAUGUUUGGCCACUGGACAACUGUACUAAGUCAAAACUUAAAUGUUUUCCUAUUUAGUAUCAUUUAUUUAAUUGAAAAGAAUGUUCAUGCACACCAUAGAUGACUUGCAUUUUGAUUAUAGGAAUACAUGCAACCCAUACAUCAUGUACACCAUGUAUUCAGAAGCACAAAUGUUGUCUGUGCAAUUAUAGUUUAGUGAAAGCCUUGGGCUGUUGGUAGAUUUGAGUUGAGAUGCCUUCUAAAGUUUUAGCUUUUUUUUUCUCCUUACUUUUUAAUGUUAACACAAUUUGCUGUGUGAUCAAACAUUUUUAGGACUACUUUUUUGCCUUGAGCUAGCAUUUUAGACCAUACUAUCACAUCAUUUUACAAUAAACAGGUCAUCAACCCUUAGAAUUAAGGUUGCAACACUUCAGUUCAGUUUGCAUUUUUACCCCAUUUGUUACCUGUACGCACUUCUGAUUUAAAACUGUUGGCCUUGAGCUGAUGGUCUAAAACUGUGGUCACUGCAGCAUUGCUUAGUGUUGUCUUUAGUAAGGAUUUAGCAUACCUCAAUAUCUAUCUGAGAGUUAGUCACUGCAUUAACUAUGAGGCCUUUUUGUAGAACAUGAUGCAAUGUGAGCAAGGGCUUAAAUAAUAAGUGCCUACAAGUGGAUAGGCUAUAUGUUUUUGUAGGACAAAUGUUUAAAUGAUUUUAACUGGCAUGACUUCAGAUUACAUU